AUGAACCAAGAUCCAACCUCGCAGUGGUCCGCCAUGGUCUCCAAUCCAGAAGAUGAUUUUGCCAGCUUUCUCGAUUUUGGAGACUUGAACUUUUCUGCCUUCGCCGACACAGUCCCAACAACUCAAUCUGGUAGUAGCGCCAUACCUCAAAAUGGUGGAACGACGAUGGGGAGCCCCUCCGAGGGGUCUUCGGCAUUGUCAAGGGUGGAAGAUCAAGGCCAGAUGUCGCAAACGAUGAGUCAAAUGCCUCUGAUGGACUUUUGUCAGGAGCCUAUACCAACUGGCCCCAACGCCUAUUAUACACAGAGACAUGAUGUGGCAAGAUUGCAGCAACAGCGUUGGCACCCGCAGAAUAUGGUUCCUCCCACUCCGGACAGCAUGGAGCUACAUGCUGGCCGGAUGCAGCAUUAUCACACGAGCAUGGACCCGCAAGUCCUGCAACAACAGCACAUGUAUGAACAAUUAAGACGGCAACAGGAGGAACAGAUGAAUUUCACACCGUUGAUCUCCCCUGCGGUGACGCCGCUGGAAACGCAAUAUCGCUAUACGGAUGCUCCGCUUGAACCCUUCAGCCCAUUGACGUCCCCGGCUCUACAAGCCCAAAAUCAAAUCUCCCACAGCUCGAUCUACAGCAGCAUUCGAGGCUCCGAUACCUCAAACACAACAUCGCCCAUAGACCUCAACCUGGAUUACCCUGCCCCACCAUCUACCUCCACACCAGGCUCUAUGCGAAGAUCGAGAAGGAAGACUUCGUCAAGUUCUGCCAAAGUCCCCGCACGCGCGCCUAAACGAUCUCCAGCCAUGAAGCCGCAGAGCAAGAAGAAGCAACCCACAAGCGCAGUCAUUCCUGCAAAAGAAAUCGCAGGUGUUCUUGAACAGGCUAGUAAGAAGCAGACAGCCAGCAACAUGUCUGCUGUCGCUGACGGCCAAUCCUCUCUCACCCAUAAUUACGAGAGCUCCGGUGCAGAUUCCGUGUCUCCAGAAUCGUUGUCAGAGAUACUCAUGCCUCCACCGGCUACGCCUAGAUCAAAGUCUGCAAGUAAAUCGCCAUAUCUUAACGGCGUACAAGUGGAUUCCCAAUUGCAUAUUGAUCAGAAUGGUGAGCCUGCUACUCCAGCUUCGUUGAUGAGAAUUCGCAAGCAAGCCGGCAAAGCUGGGAAACAACGACAGGAAGCUGGUCGUCUGAAGAAGCAGGUCUCUAUCGCAGAAGCGGACAUGGAGCAAAUUAUCGAAGAUAUCAUUCUUCCUGAGCCAGCAGUCAACGAGAAUAAAAAGCCAGCGCUACAAUCUAUAGAUACCGCCCAGGCCAACAGAGACCAUGGCACACCAAAUGGGUCAACGGGGCUGAACAUUCGGAGUGGUCCCGUCAGCGCCCCUGUUACUGCGACGGGCUCGUCGUUCCCGAGUCCUGCAAUCAGCACUAUCACAUCUCCCAGAGCUGUCGGGAUUGGGAAGCAGAGUGACAGUCGAGCUAAAGGCAACGCUUCGAAAAAACGUGGCAACCUGAAUAGCGAAAAGGCGAGUCCUGCUCUGAGGCCUAGGAUAUCUCCAGGUAUUAAGCCACUAUUACCCGAAGGAGGUUGUGACCUAGCUGCGGUGUCAGCUGAAACGUCUGCGCUCUUACUUGCUUCUAAAUCGAAUUAUCAGAAUAUUCUUGAAGGCACCCAUUUCCCUGGAGUUUCGUAUCCGGAAAACUUGUCGACAAAUUUGACCUCGAAACGAACUUCACAUAAAAUUGCAGAGCAAGGCCGGAGAAAUCGCAUAAACACUGCUUUACAGGAAAUAGCGUCACUUCUACCGCCCACCACACCGCAAACACAGCCAAACGGUAAGGUUGCGGUAGCAAUGGAAGAAAAUGAACGAGCGGCAGCAAUGAUGACAGGAUCCUCGCAGCAGCAGAGUAACAGUAAAGCCAGUACUGUCGAAGCUGCAAUUGACUAUAUCAAGACCCUACAGAAAGAGGUCGACGACUGCAAGCAAAAGCUUGCAGAGUACGAAAGCGAGAAACCUCAUGGAGUGCAAUCUGAUGAAAUUGAUGAGUUCAGGAGGAAUGAUACCAAGAUAAAUGGCAAUGCGUCUUCAACGGCGGUUGCGACUUGA